GAGGAUUGAGAGAAUGACUUUCCCACAGUAGGGCAUUGAACAUCCAUACUUCCAGAAACAUAUCGUACGACCAGCAAAAGCGGGGUACAAACCCGUCAACCCCACCAAGCCCAACCCCAAACCAACAGUCAAACGCGAACGUGCCCACCCACUCAACCAUCCCCUGCGUAUCAAGACAAUAUGCCACCCACCAAAACAAUCUGCAUCAUCGGCAUCACCGGCAACCAAGGCGCCUCCGUCGCCCGCCGCUUCCUGCAGGACCCAACCUUCCACGUCCGGGGCCUCACCCGCAACCCGCACAGCCCAACCGCCGCGGCCCUCGCCCAGCAGGGCGUGGAGCUCAUCCCCGCCGACCUCAACGACCCCGCCAGUCUCCUCCCAGCCUUCCGCGGCGCAAACAUCAUCUUCAGCGUCACCAACUACUGGGAGGCCUUCGCCAGCCCGGCGGGCCGUCAGCAGGCCGCCGCCGCCGGCAUCUCGCCUCGCGAGCACGCCUACCGUGUUGAGCGCCAGCAGGGGCAGAACAUCGCCGAUGCGGCGGCGCAGACGGUUGACUCGCUCGAUCCGAACGGGUUUCUCGUCUCCACGCUGAGCCAUGCGACGCGAUGCAGCGGCGGCCGGUUCCGGGAACUGUAUCAUUUCGAUGCCAAGGCGGAGGUGUUUCCUGAUUAUGUCCGGGAGAGAUAUCCCGCGCUGGCGGCGAAGAUGUCGUGCGUGCAGACGGGGUACUUUACCUCGAGUUAUAGGUUGGUUCCGGGGGCGUAUUUUGGGAAGGCGGAGAGCGGGGAGGAUGUGUUUGAGAUGACCUUCACCACGGCCCUGGAGGCGGUGGUGCCCCACCUCGAUGUGCAGAGUGACUUAGGUGGGUUUGUCUAUGCGGUUGCUCAGAUGCCGCCGGGGAAGAGUUACAUGGCGUGUGGGACCAGGUGCAGUUGGGCGGAGUAUAUGAGGAUUUGGGGCGAGGUGAACGCGGUGGCGGCGCGGUAUCGGCAGAUCACGCUCGAGGAGCUCAUCGACAAAGCGCCCGAGCCGGAGUUUGGUCGCGAGGUGGGGGAUAUGUUCUCCUAUUCGACGGAUCCGGGAUAUGAUGGGGGUGACGGGAGCUUGUUGAUGGCGGAGGAUAUACGAAGGACAGGUAUUGAUUGUCCCAUGACAAGCUUGCAGGAAUGGAUCAGGAAGGAAGAUUGGUCGACUAUUUUGGGUUGAGUAUGUUGAGCUAUUCUUCAGCGUGCGAUUGAUCUGGCAAGCAUCUGAAUCAUAUACAGGGAGACUCUUUGUGUUAUGGGAAAGAAAAGACUGUUUACUGAGACUGACAGGUGAACAUUCACCUGCAAACAAUGCGCAGGGACGAAUGGAGCCAAGAAUGGGGUUAUAAUUGGGAUGGGGCUGUGAACGCAGGUUAGCUACAUUGGUGCCAUAAUUUGCAGGACUUUCCACAAGGUUCCACCGAGUCAUGUUGCUAAAAUUAAUGGAUGAGAUAGAUUGCGUGAGUUGUGUAUAGUUCC